AAGCGUCGCGACGCUCACAGCGACGGGCGCUGCCGAGUCGACCGCACAUUUCCUAUUUUAAUUCAUCAUCACUCACCGAAAACGAUAUCAGUUUACAACAAAUCGCACACAAACUAGGUUAAAACUAAGAGUUAAAUGUGAAAACAGUACAAAAACAGCCAAAAACCACGAAAAAACGUAAAAAUCCACCCAGAGUUGUAGCACAAACACGUCGCCAACGCCGAAUUUGGGAUAAUGUUGUACCUGCCGUUGGUGGUGGGGUUCUCCCUGGUCGCUUUCGGGUACACCCAGGACCUGGAGCUCCAACACAGUCGUGCUGACCCAUCUUCAACAACAGACUCCUCCAACAAUGCCACCACCAACGUGGACUACGAAUCCAGCAUGCAGCGCGCCCUCGCCUGGCUAAUAACCCAACGUGACCUCCACUAUGGCUGGCACAAUGACACCCCCAAAGUCCUCAUGGCCCUGCAACUAGUCCAACUCGAAGACUCCGCCAGUAUCCUCCCCACACAACUCGAAAUCCUACUGAGCACCAAACAAAUGGAAGUGGAAACCGUUAUCCUUCUAUGGCGGCAUCGCGAGGUCCCAAUCACACCACCAAAACUCGCCAUCUUUGCACUGGCAUUCAACGCCCUCUGCCAAGACCCACGACAAUUCCAUGGUCACGACCUUAUCGGAACUCUACAACACCACGAACUCGUACAAGAUUUAGACUUUGGUUAUGCAACACUCGCAGCAUGUUCAGCAAAAGCCCAUGUACGCAAGAAGGAAAUUCGCAGACUGCUAGAAAUCGCCAACGCAGCAAAAAGUCACAAUAUUGACACUGUGAGUGUGACGAUCAUAGCGUUGAAGUGCAUCGUCAAGGACCAUCGACACAGAAACCUUCAGCAUUCAAUUCGAAGACCCUGUAUUAGUCUGGCGAGGCAACAGUUGACUGAUGGUAGUUUUGGUAAUGUCUACAACACCGCCAUUGCUAUGCAGGCUUUGAACGAUAUACAAGAUAUCAACACGUAUUGGAAUCGCACAGCGGCCAUUUUGUACAUUGAAUCCAAGCAGGAUCCGGACGGUGCGUUUACAGAUCCUGGUUUGACAGCUGAAGUGUUACUAGCGAUGAGUUCCAAAGGACUCGGCGCUGUGAGGAAUCUAGACUGCGGACGCCAAGAUCCCGACAUUGACAAUCAUUUAAUGGAGUUUGGUGUGACCAAGAUGGCCGAACCCAACGUAUACUAUAACGACUCAGACCCGCGUAACAUCACCGUGAGUUACACGCUCUGGAUGGGUACGAAUAUCACCGAGAAUCACACCGUGUUGAUAACUGCCUUGCGGAACACAUCAUUCUACAGUAUUAUGCAAAUGGCGGCCGAGAUGAAUCCGCACUUUGAGUUUGAAUCCUCCGAAUGGCCCAACGGGCAUUAUGUGCAUACUCUUGGUGGACACAAAGAGGAACCAAUGGGUUAUCACUACUGGUUGUUGUAUCGCCUGCCGGAAAUGCCCGAUCCGCAUGCGCCACCUGGUAACAAACUUGUGGCACCUGUGGGUGUGGAUGAUCUACUCAUUGAAGAUGGCGAUCACUAUCUCUUCUGGUACAAGAAGCUCUAAGUCAUAAUUGAAACGCUCACAGUUAGAAUCAUGUAAGAUUUAGGUGCAGUUACCAAACACACAAAGUCGGAACACACAAAAUGGCGGCCUACGGAUGUGGCCCACACACACACACACACACAACAUACACACGGACAUUUAAGUAUCAAGCCGACUAACGACUACAAAUGAUAAUGUUUAAGAUGAUAACAUGAUGUAAAUGCUUCAGUUGCCUUGUAAUAAUGACAAACAAAUGAAAUACUUAUAAAUCAAGCGCCGCGUGUUUAAAGUUUGUCAACACGAGUGAUCACUACACGACAUAAACAUAAACAAAGACGAUGGGAUGUAUGGAUUUGAGUUGUGUGACACUUACACACCACACGGACACACUGUACAUUCAAAUGUAGAGAUAAACGCAAAACAUAACCGCAACUAACCGCUACUACAUUAAUUAAACACACCUACACAUGUAAUUUAUAUACAUACAACAAUGAUACAAACAAAAGUAAGCGACAAUACUUAUUAUUCGUUAUUGGAUUUGAAUUCAAAAUGGCGGCGAUGAUGAAUAUGUGUACUCUGUGUUUUUGUUGUUUGAUUCGUUCCAAAACGCGAUCUAAUGUAUUCAUAUAUGAAAUAUGUACUUGCUAAGCGCGCAGCAAAAAGGUAUUGUAAUGAAUUGUAAUGUAAUGUAACAAAAAACGCUUGUAUAAUGUAAAAUUUAAACAAAAAAAAUUUGCUCGCAAACUAAAUGAAAACAAAUCGCGAAAUAUGUAAGCUAAAGUGAUAACACGUGAAUGCUGUAAUGAUACUUUCGAGUGUGUUGUUUAUUGUUGCGUAAUUAUUGCAAACAAACAAAAAUUAGAGACAAAAUGGCGACACUUAAAAAAUGAAGAAGAAAUAAUUCUAUUUACGGAACAGAAUAUUGUUACACGACCGAUGAUGAUAUUUUUGUUAACAUUUGGGCUUUGUCAAAAAUAAAAUACUCAUUAACA